GCUGGGAGACACAGGACUUGCAGGUUGCAAAAGCAAAAGCUCCAGACCUAUCAUGGGGCACGGACUCAGCAGUAUCUCAGCCUCGGAGCUGGACAAGUUCAUAGAGGAUCACCUCCUUCCGGACACCACCUUUGGUGCCGAUGUCAAAUUAGCCAUCAAUAUCGUGUGUGAUUUCCUGAAGGAGAGAUGCUUCCGAGGUGCUGCCCACCCAGUGAGGGUCUCCAAAGUGGUGAAGGGUGGCUCCUCAGGCAAAGGCACCACACUCAAGGGAAAGUCAGAUGCUGACCUGGUGGUAUUCCUUAACAAUCUCACCAGCUUUGAGGAUCAGUUAAACCGUCGGGGAGAGUUCAUCAGGGAGAUUAAGAAACGGCUGUAUGAGGUCCAGCGUGAGAGACAUUUUGGAGUCAAGUUUGAGGUUCAGAGUUCAUGGUGGCCCAACGCCCGGUCUCUGAGCUUCAAGCUGAGUGCCCCUCACCUUCAUCAAGAGGUGGAGUUUGAUGUGCUUCCAGCCUUUGAUGUCCUGGGCCAUGUUAGCAUCUACAGCAAGCCUGACCCCCAAAUCUAUGCCAAUCUCAUCAGAAAGUGCCUCUACCUGCAGAAGGAAGGCGAGUUCUCUACCUGCUUCACGGAGCUCCAGCGGAACUUCCUGAAGCAGUGCCCACCCAAGGUGAAGAGUCUCAUCCGCCUGGUCAAACACUGGUACCAACUGUGUAAGGAGAAGCUGGGGAAGCCGCUGCCCCCACAGUACGCCCUGGAGCUGCUCACAGUCUAUGUCUGGGAACGCGGGAGUGGAUUUGUUUAUUUUGACACAGCCCAGGGCUUCAGAACUGUCUUAGAACUGGUCACUAAGUACAAACAGCUUCGAAUCUACUGGACAAUGUACUAUGACUUUGAACAUGAGGAUGUCUCCAGCUACCUGCACAGACAGCUCAGAGGAAACAGGCCUGUGAUCCUGGACCCGGCUGACCCAACAGGAAACAUUGCAGGUUCGAACUCAGAGGGCUGGCGACGACUAGCAGGAGAGGCUGCCACCUGGCUUCGGUACCCAUGCUUUAAGAACAAGGACGGUUCCUCAGUGUGCCCCUGGGAUGUGCCGACGGAGGUUGAUGUGCCCAACCAGGAGAAUCACAGUUUUCGUAAUUUCUAUCAAUUUUUUUUGUUUUUGUCUCUUUUUAUAUUUUGGAGGGCUUUUUCUAUAUAGCUCAGACUGGCCUGGAUAUUGCCAUCCUCCUGCCUUAGGGCUGCCAUGACUGCAGGGUAGGCCUGCUGUGCCCUGCCUUCCUUCCAUUCUCAAGUGGACAAGAACUGGCCAUGUGUUGUCCUGUGAGCCCAGCAGGACCUGCCCAGGAAGCUCCAGAGUCAGGGUCAUGUCCUGCUCUGCUGCAGGCCCUUGACCCAGAGAGGGCAGGAUGCUACCUACCCAAGGCUCUGGUGAAGAAGGGUCCAACCUGUGAUCAGACUUCAGGCUUCUGACAGCUGCCCUCAACCCCUGCAUCCUGCCCCAUCACAGACAGCCUUCCUCACAGCCUGCUUUAUCUGCCUUGUCCUCAGACAGUGUUCUCCGGGAGAUGAGAUUCAGAAGGGGAGGGAUGAACUCAAGCUUGACCUCCAUCUGUUCACCUGUUGGGAGGUUCUGGCAAACAAUAUCUGAUCAACAAUAAUAAACCACAGCAAGUCAUGAGGGUGUGUGUGCACUCUGAGGGACAGGACCAUUG